AUGGAUUCCAGUCGUCUGCAUCUCAACUUCGACAACUCACGGCCGGCCGCCAACGAUCGAGCCUUUCCCACGACGCCCUCGACCUUCCCCCAGCCCGUCUUCUCGGGCCCUCAGUCUGGCAGCAUGCAGUCACAGCAGCAGCAGCAGCCCUACGGCGCCGGCUACCCUCCCCAGGGCUACUUUGCGCAGAACCAGUAUGCUCAGCAGCAGUAUCCUGGCCAGGCCGUCACCAGCGACUAUCCCAACGCCGCCUACCCCCCGCAGGCUGGCACCAACGACCCAAACACGGGCCUCGCGCACCAGUUCUCCCACCAGAACCUAGGCGGCGGUGCCGCGAGGGGAGGUCAAUACGCUGCGCGAGGCCCGUCGUCUGGACGUCCGCGCACUGCUGGCGGCUCGGGGCAGCAGGCCAGCUACGGCAACUACGCGCCUCCUAUGCCGUCCCAGGGCGCCGUUUCGUCGCCCGAGUUCCAGCCCAUCCCAGAGAGGAACCCUGAUAAAUACGGCACCAAUGCCAACAGCAACCAGAAGAAGUGCUCUCAGCUGGCCGCAGACUUCUUCAAGGACAGCGUGAAGCGAGCCCGCGAGCGCAAUCAAAGACAGAAUGAGCUGGAACAGAAGCUGCAGGACCCCGGCCAGAGCGCAACUAGGAGGGAGCAGCUGUGGUCGACCGCUGGCCGGAAAGAAGGCCAAUACCUGCGCUUCUUGCGUACCAAGGACAAGCCCGAAAACUACAACACCGUCAAGAUCAUCGGAAAGGGUGCCUUUGGUGAGGUCAAGCUGGUGCAGAAGAAGGGCGACGGCAAGGUGUACGCCAUGAAGUCUCUGAUCAAGACUGAAAUGUUCAAGAAGGACCAGCUGGCCCACGUCCGCUCAGAACGUGAUAUCCUGGCCGAGUCCGACAGCCCCUGGGUCGUCAAGCUCUACACUACCUUCCAGGACGCAUACUUCCUCUACAUGCUCAUGGAGUUUUUGCCGGGUGGAGACUUGAUGACCAUGCUCAUCAAAUACGAAAUCUUCUCGGAGGAUAUCACGCGGUUCUACAUUGCUGAGAUUGUCUUAGCCAUUGAGGCUGUCCACAAACUUGGCUUUAUUCACCGCGAUAUCAAGCCUGACAACAUCCUGCUGGACCGUGGCGGCCACGUCAAGCUGACCGACUUUGGUCUCUCCACGGGCUUCCACCGUCUGCACGACAACAACUACUACCAGCAGCUGCUGCAGGGCCGCUCAAACCGUCCGCGUGACCGGACCUCCGUUGCCAUUGAUCAGAUUAACCUCACAGUCAGCAACCGAUCUCAGAUUAACGACUGGAGACGAUCUCGACGGCUGAUGGCUUACUCCACCGUCGGUACACCAGACUACAUUGCACCCGAAAUCUUCACAGGCCACGGCUACACCUUUGACUGCGAUUGGUGGUCGCUGGGUACCAUCAUGUUUGAGUGCUUGGUGGGCUGGCCGCCGUUCUGUGCCGAAGACAGCCACGACACCUACCGCAAGAUUGUCAACUGGAGACAAACCUUGUAUUUCCCUGAUGACAUUACGCUGGGUGCAGAGGCAGAGAACUUGAUUCGAAGCAUGGUCUGCAAUACCGAGAACCGACUUGGACGCGGUGGUGCUCAUGAGAUCAAGAGCCACGCAUUCUUCCGGGGCGUCGACUUUGACAGCCUGCGCCGCAUCCGCGCUCCCUUCGAGCCCCGGUUGACGUCCAACAUUGACACGACCUACUUCCCGACCGACGAAAUUGACCAGACGGACAACGCGACUCUGCUCAAGGCCCAGGCCAUCCAGAACCGCAACGGCCAGGCUCCCGAGGAGUCGCCCGAGAUGAGCCUGCCCUUCAUUGGCUACACUUUCAAGCGGUUCGAUAACAACUUCCGAUAA